AUGCCGUACCGUGAAUUCAUUCUUCAGUUCAAUAAACAGGCGUCAAAAUGCAACUAUGAUGAUCGAUUGGAAGAACAACUUUGUGAUCGUCUCGUUGCUGGAAUCAACAACAGCUCAUUAAAGCGUAAGAUUUUGAAAAAGAAUGACAUCACAAUUACUGAGGCUCAAAAAAUCGGUGUUGAUUCUGGAGGACCCGUCUCGAACGAGUUACGCUUGCGUCACUACUGA